AUGACCGAGUACAAACUCGUUGUAGUUGGAGCCGGUGGUGUGGGAAAAAGUGCAUUAACAAUUCAACUCACACAAAAUUUGUUUGUGCAUGAAUAUGACCCAACAAUCGAGGAUUCGUACCGGAAACAGGUGAGGAUUGAUGGAGAAACGUGCAUGCUUGACAUAUUGGAUACAGCUGGUCAAGAGGAGUAUAGUGCAAUGAGGGACCAGUACAUGCGGACAGGUGAGGGUUUUUUAUGUGUCUUCGCAGUGAAUAAUGCAAAGAGCUUCGAGGAUAUUAACCAGUAUCGGGAGCAGGUGAAGCGAGUGAAAGACGCGGACGAAGUGCCUAUGGUUUUGAUUGGUAACAAAGUGGAUUUAUCGGUGCGGACAGUUGAGACGGCGAAGGCGGAGGCAGUUGCGGAGGAGUACAACAUUCCCUAUGUGGAGACGUCGGCAAAAACGCGUCAGGGGGUGGAAGAAGCCUUUUUCACUCUCGUCAGGGAAAUCCGCAAAUUCGUAAGUUCUCCCUUUCUUAUGUGCGUACGAUUUACAGCAUAUUUUAUGUAA